GCGCCGCAGGGGGCGGGGCUGGGUGUGGGGUGGCGGCGGCCAUGUCGCUGCAAGAGGACCCGGUGCAGCGCGAGAUCCACCAGGACUGGGCCAACCGCGAGUACAUCGAAGUGAUCACCAGCUCCAUCAAGAAGAUCGCGGAUUUCCUCAACUCCUUCGACAUGUCCUGCCGCUCCCGGCUCGCCACCCUCAACGAGAAGCUGACCGCGCUGGAGCGACGGAUCGAGUACAUCGAGGCCAGGGUAACAAAGGGCGAAACUCUGACCUAACUGCAGAAGGCUGGUGGGGAGCUGACCUGGAGAAGAUUGUGUGGCUGUGCCAGAGUUGACUGUCAGGCAUCUGAUUUCUUCAUUACUUCUUAUUGGUGACAGGACUUCAGCUUGUUUCUGCGAUGCAGUAUCCCUGCCUUCAGUGCAUGGCUCCAGAGUGAAUCCAGAGGAAAUUGAUAAAAUGCAAAUGAGCAUGUUGAAUUCAGUGAUUUUUGUACAGACAGAUUCAUGCAGCUAUCAAAUACUCCUGCACCCCUUAAUCUCUCUGUAAUUCCCAGCUGAGCAUGUAGAACUCACAACACUUUGUAGCUACAGAAUCUCUCUGGCCAAAGGUCACUUUGUGGGAAGAAAACUUCUCUUGGGAGCUGACCAGCUGACGAAGUGAGUGUCCGUGCUGUUAGUGGGCCACUGCACUGGUGGUUUCCAUUCCUUUAGCAAAGUGGUUCUCAACCAGGGGUCUGGGGACCCCAUGGGGGCUGCAAGCAGGUUUCAGGGGGUCCUCCAACAGAGCCAGUUAGACUCACUUGGGCCCAGGGCAGAAAGCCAAAGCCACACUGCAUGGGGCUGAAGCUUGGGGCCCUGAACCCUGCCACCAGGGGCUGAAGCCAAAGCCUGAGCCAUGUAGCUUCAGUGGAAUGUCUGUGGCAUGGGGCCCCAGGCAAAUGUGCUGUUUCUACCCCGUAACACUGGCCCUGGCUUUUAUAUGCAGAAAACAAGUUGUGCCACAAGUGGGCUGUGGAGUUUUUAUUGUGUGUGGGGGGGUGGAGGGGGGCUUAGAAAAAAAAGUUAAGAACCCCUGCUUUAGCAAACACUGCAACUUAAAUCUCUUAGCAAAAAUGUCAAGUAUAUCCAUCGUUCCAGUCUGCAAACAGAGCAGUAGAUGUGCAGUGUGUGUUUGGGCAGGGGAGAGGAGUCAGGGGAAUUGGUUAUGUGCCAAGAUUAAACUCUCUGGGCUGGGUGGGUUUCGGAGUUUUCUGUGUCUUUUGUAUUCAGUAGUGUCACGUGGGGGUGUCUUCCCUUUGUGUUUCAACAAUAAACUGCCUCUACUGAUGGGGUCUGAGCUGAUCUAUA